UUUUUAUUAGCGUCUGAAGUUCCGUAUGCGGAGGGUAGCAGGCAACAGGAGGGAGGGCCGGGUGGGCGUGUGGGGCUGCGGGCUCGGCUCGGGCUCAGUCGGCACGGAGUCUCGAGUCGCGCACGACGGCCGCACGCCGCACCCACGCUCCGCUACUCGCAAAACUUUCACGAACUUUUCCAACGUGAAAAAGUGUGCAGUGCUCUGAACAAAAUUGGAUGCAAAUUAGUUACCAGCCAUCUGUGUGGUGUGUGUUUGUACCAGAGAACACAGUUCUAUUUGGAAUGAUGGAGUUUAAUUGAAGCAGAAUGGUUCUUGCACCAUGAGGACACGCGGCGUGCUCGGAUUCCAGGCCUCGGUUUGGGGAUGCGCCUGAGUGGAGCAAGUAGCAGGAUGGCGGCGCACGCGUGCUCCCGCGUUUUCCUGCUGGCGCUUAUGGUGCUCUGUCGAGAGGGCGUGUCGAGCCUAGAGCUGCUGGAGCUGCGCGUGCCGGCGCACGUACCGCUGGGCACGCGCCCGUCGCUGUCCUGUCGCUGGCAGCUAGGGCCCACCGACGUGCUAUACUCCGUCAAGUGGUACAAGGACGGCAAGGAGUUCUUCCGACACGUGCCCAAGGAUACAGAGCCGCGCAGGAAGUUUCCGCUGCCUGGCGUCGAUGUCGAGAGAUCGAGUACAAAUGGGGCUAACGUAACGCUCUUCCCGGCGAUCCUGGAGACAGGCGGGCGUUACCGCUGCGAGGUGUCCGGUGAGCGGCCGCUGUUCCCCACGGUGUCCGACCACUCGGACAUGACCGUCGUAGCUCUUCCGAACCACGGACCCACAAUUACAGGGUCCAAGCUUCGGUAUCAGAUCGGCGACAGAGUGCAGGUGAACUGCACGUCGGGCCGAUCGCGGCCGGCGACGCGGCUGGCGUGGUACGUGAACGGCGAGCCCGCGCCGCCCGCCGCUCUGCAGCCGCCGGUACACGAGACGCAUCCCGACGGGCUCGAGACCACCAGCCUCGAGCUCGACUUCAAGGUCAAGCCAAAGCACUUCAGAAGGGGGGAUUUGAAACUUAAGUGUCUCGCAACGAUAGCGACAGUCUACUGGCGCAGCAACGAAGAGAGCGUGCAGGGCGAGCGCAUGAAGGGGUAUGCGCGUUCGCGCGAGCUCAGCGAGGGCGCGUCGCGCGCCGACCGCGUGCAGGCGGCAGGCAAGCCCGGCGCGGCGCCGCGCGCGCUGCCCGCGCUGCCCCUGUCCGCCCUGCUGCCUGCGCUGCUACUUGCGCGCGCCGCCGCCAACCCCAUUAUACGAUUAAACACUUUUUAAAAGACUAAAAACGACAACGCAAACACUUCCAAUGUGUUCGGAUUGUUAUGGUGCAAAAACGAUCAUUCGUAAAAUACGUUUGAUUCUGUGUAGCUAAGUAAAAGUUAUAUAUAAAGACUAACGCGUGAGAUAUGUGCCAUUGUCGAAGUAAUAAUUAUUACCUUGUUAUUUUAUCACCUCGAAUUCCAAAGAUUAUUGUUUUAUCAAGAUUUUGUCUAACCAAAGUAGAGGCAUUUUGUAAUUAACAUAUCAAAAUCUCUUACGUAUACAUUUGCGUCAUUAAGGGUUUUCUAUACGUACCUAUCGAUACGUCAGUAAGUAAUUACACUAAUUACAUAGCAGUUAUUUGUGAUUCUAAUUAUAUCCGUGACAUAUCAUUAAAGUCAGGCUUCAUAUAUCGUACAUUGCUUAAACUCACGGCCCAAUUCACACCGAAACGAUACCGAUCUGUCAGUAUCAAAAGUGACGUAUUUGGUUGAAAAAAUCUGACAGAUCGGCAUUGUUCGAAGUUCGAAUUGGGCCGUCAGUCAACAUUAUUUCCAAAGAUGUUGUGAUGUACUUACAGAUUUUCGUGGGCGGUUAAAUUGGUGCAUUUUUUGGUCACAUAAAUAAACUUAUGAAUGUUUAAAAUUCGUUUGACUGACAAGUUAACUUAGCUACCUGUCAGUCCCGUUUUUGCAUGUGCUAUAAAGGUUGUUAAAGUUUACGAGAAAAAAUUGAUUAAACGAAUCACCGAACACUGCGUUCGUGUAGGAUUAACCAAAUUUAAUUGCAUUGUUAAAUUGUUAUGACAGAUUUUAAACAUUUAGUUGCGCUUGACUAGUUACUGAUGCGCGGUUUUAUCUUCGUUUACUUUCCCGAUUGAAAAUGUAGACCUUUUUUUUACCAUAUAUAAUAUGUUAUUAGUCUGCAAUAAGUAAAUACAAAUAACGUAACCAACUUCGUUUUUCAAAAAUCGUUCGUCAGUUAUAAAAUAAUUAAAAUAUGCAUCAUUUUAAUCGAUCACAAAAUACUGCUGUGGUACUAACAUUAUGUGUAUAUUUUAGCAUUGAAACGUGUUUACUGUAUAUAUUGCUUAUAUAAGUAUAAUAUAAGUAAUUGUAUGUCAUAUGAAAUUAGCUAGGUGCCCUUUAUUUAACGAUAUUGGUCGUUGAAUUCAUAGGGUGUCGAUCGUGGUAUAUUGUUUUUGCUAUUCGAAUGAAAAAUGUUAUUGGAACCUCACAGUGAGACUUCGCUAGUGUGUUCUCGGAAAGCGUAGAUAAAAAUGUUGCUGGCAAUAUUGCUAGUAAAAUACGAGUAAAACUACUGAAUGGAAACAUAUGUGCGUAACUGCGUAAUAUACGACUAUUGCAAUUAUAUCGGCAGUCAAUUCCGAAGUUUCGGGCAGUAAAUAUUGUCAAUUUCCCAAUGUAGUAAGAAAACAUCAGUAUCUACACGUUUUUACCGGCGCUUACUCGGCCACGUCUAACGUCGUUUCAUUUUAAAACUGGUCACUGACGUUUCAUAAGUUGAAUGUUGCUCGGAAUAUUUCGUUUCUAACAAAGAGCUUUAUCAUUAAUAUCAUUAUCCGUUCACGUUGACUAACCAACGAAAACACUACUGAAUAAAAGUGAGUGACCUGUUUUAAUAUGUCUGAGUCUGGAGGGAGUUUUGUAUGUGGUUAACUACCAAUAUAACUAAAGAAAUUACAUUGCCUACAGUAAUUUCUAAUUCUAUGAAUAUAUAGUUGACUAUUGUACAGGGAUGUAGAGGAUUAUUCGAUUGUCCUUUGGACAAAUAAAAAGAGAAAUUUAUAUCGAUAUAAUAAUAAUAAUGUGUUAAGAAGUCGAAGAAAUAUAAAUUCGUAGGGAUUUUUUUUAAUAAUUAUUAUUAACGUGACUAAAAAUAUCAGUGCAGCAAACAACAGCUUUUUCUAUAGCAUCUAUAGUUUGACGAAGGACUGUCUCAUUUUAAACAUAAACAGAGAGAAUCAUACUAUCUUUAUCUUACACUAGUACUAGCACCCAAAAGAAAAGGAUGAGUACGGUUUUUUUUUGUUAUUAUUUACUGAUAAUUUGGUUUGGCCAACUAUAGUUACUAAUUUUUAAACAAAUCAUAAAUUCAUGUACCUACCUAAUGCUAAACUUGCCGCAGUUAACCUUAUGCAAAACAAAGGGUAAUAUUUAUGUAUUCAAAUGUUUAAAGUUGCCCUCUAUAACGAAACUCUCCCUGGUGUCAUUAAAUACCAACUACCGCAAAAUCAGGUUACUAUGGUCCAAAAUUUGACAUCUACUAAUUUGGAGCUCUAUUUCUCUGUAACGAGUGCCAUUUAGGAUUGUUUGUAAUUAUAAUAUAGAUAAUGAGUCUUUAAAGCUCAUUACUUGCCUAAACAAUAUAUUUAUUUUUAUUUUAUUUUUUUGGUUUUGGACCAUUCUUGUAUACUUGCCCUUACGGCUAACUCAUUGUCUAUUGUAACACCGCACGUGCUACUUACCUGCAUAAAAAAGUGUCGGUCACUUUAACCGGUUAUUGACUUACAACUCCAUGGAAAUUGCAAUAAGAUUCAAAAUGAAGAAAUGGAAAAAUAAUUUGCGAUUUCUUGGGUGGUCCCUCUACGGUGGACUAUACUGAGUGCCGGCGUGUCGAACGCUACAGAACCAGUCUUAAAUGUGUCAUCGAGAUGUGUAACAGAGGCGCGUUAUCGGAGAGCGCACUUAUACUGGUUAUUUGAGCGUUGAACUACCACGCGCUCAGGUGCCAAUUAGAAUUAUACGCCAAUGACCGACCUUUUUUUUGCAAGUAGCACGUACAAUACGAACGACUAUACUAUGUUUUCAACUUUGGAGCAGAUUGGUUCAGUACAUGAUAAUGUGUAGAACUUAUACUUUGGACUAAUUUGUUAGUACGUCUUAAAAAUAUAGGCAAUUUUAAAUACAAGUGAUGAGAUAAAAAGCAUAUAUAUAUAUGUAAGUAGAUAUCCUAUCUAUUUAAGAGCCCGGCAAGGUCGGUUCUCCACAAACGUAGUUACGCUCUCAUUUUAAAACGACUAGCUAGAUUGGUCUUAUACUUUGUACUUACAAUAGGAUAAGGUAUAUCUAUAAUGCCUGUAAUAGUUAAAAAAUACAGCGAAUUUGAGUUUUUCAUAAUAAACUUGUUUUUGCUCUAUUUCGUUUGUUGUGUAAACUGGAGCUACGAGUAUAAAAACGAAUUACAGGCAUAGAUAUUUUUUCAUUACAAUCCAACACGUAGUUUUAAAAUAAGAACGAAACUCCGUUUGUAUGGGAAGGCGAAAUUCGGCCGAGCUUGCCGGGGAUCAACAAAUCAGUCAAACACAUUAAAAAACUAAGUAAUUUUUUUGAUUGCCCCAAUGGGCAGCAAGCUCCGGCAAAUCAUACAAAGCUUAAGUAAGACAAAUCCUGUAUUAACAAAAAUAGAUGUAGGGUACCUGUAAUUCAAAAGAUAGGUAUGUGUUCAAAUAUGUGUCAUUCCCAAUCAAAAGGGUACUUAUUGUCGGUUGUCAAUAAGGCGCUAUUUCCAUAUAGCUUCAGUUUGAAAUCAACAUUAUUGACAAGCGACAAUGUGGUACCUUUUGGUUGAAAAUGUCACAUAUGGUCCAUAAAUCUCGCGUGGUCAUAUAAGUUGAAAUCAAAGUACGAAAAUUCUGUUUCAAAUAUACAAAAAUUGACAAAACCAUUUUACAAAUAACCUUCAUUGAUAAAACACUAGGUACUGAUUAACAUACUUUUUAAAUAAAAUAGUCACUAAUCAGCAAUAUGAUUCACUCUAUGGAUUCACUUUUUAGUUUCCGCGACUUGAUAUAAGUACUCAACAUGUUCAACUUGGCGGUGAAUGCUAAGUGACUCGUAGUGCCGCAAUCUAGGGUAAACUGAUGCAACUAUUCCACCGGUGACUUAUCCUAAUAGAAAAGGCACGAUAAUUAGCUCUAUGCAUGAAUUUAUUUUUAUUUUUGGAUUCAUAAUUUAUAUCGUUGGAACACCGGAAAUGAUAAAAAUACUUUUGUAAACCUUAUCAUUAUUUUAUUAAAAAAUAUUUAAAAUGUUGAAAAAUUUUGAGCGGUUGAAACGCUCAUAAUUUUUGGCGCGAAUUCGACAGAGCGUGAUGACGUCACACGCUGGGCGGCCCAACUGACGUUUGCUACUAAUGACACUAAUCUGUCGAACGCGUGACGUCACGUGGCGUUUCGAGCGUUUCGCUCACUAGCUUUUUGCGAGCAAAUUUUUGUACUUUUUAUUUAUAAUUUUAAGCAAUUAAAGUAAAAGCGGAAAUGCAUGAUAUAACGGUAACAAACAUCCGAAUAAAACAUAUUUCGUUCAAAUAUAAACUUCAUGCAUGAGGCUAAUUCUAACAGUUGUCGCUAGUAGUCACAUAAACGUAACGAGGCCUGUUUGGACUAUUAAUGAACGCUAGGACCAUAGUUACCUGAUUUUACGGUACUUAACGGAAUUUCCAUGAAUGAAUAUGUUUGUGUACAUUAAAACUUUCGUUAUCCUAGUUUAGUUUUGUUUAGAACAAGUUGACAAUCGCAGCGCAAGUUCCGCCCGCCCGGCUUCCUUUUUGAUGUGUCCGCCACCCUGACCCACAUUUAAAAAAAUACAAUCUUUUAUCUUCAUUUAAACCACUAUAACUACGAUACGUUUGAAAGACCAGUUCGUUUAAUACUUGCUUGCUUGCUUCAGUGGGCGUUCAUCCUGUAAUCCUUUUAAUAAGUAUGUAGUUAUUUGUUUUACAAGGGGGCAAAGUUGUUGUUUAAUAUUGAUACCCAAACAAGCGAGAUAAUACAAAAUUGUAAAAAAAAUGGACUUGAGCGUUGCGCGUAUUUUAAGACACGAGGGUUAUACAAACUUUUCUCCCGAGUGAAACACUACAUUUUUCAUUACACCAAAGGAAAAAACGAACUGGAAAAUAUUACAAAUCAAAUCCAAAUGAAUGCUAUCAAUUCGAACGCAUUCAAAAUCAUCAUAUAAAAGUUAAUUCCACCGGCCAACAUGAGGAAACAACUCAAACUUUGCAUCAAUUACUUUGCCACUCGUGGAUAGAAUGCUACUUUUAUUAUUCGUUUAUGAAGAAUAAAGAGAGCUUCACGAGCUGUAGGCCUAGCAUAAGGAGCGGCGCGACAGUUAUAUUUCGCCCGCGAGUUAGACUACCAGUCUUUUUCUCACGGUAUUUAUUGUUUACAGGGACCGUUAGUCUAUCUCGCGGACGAGAGCCCGUUACGCCGCUCCUGUGUUAGGCCUAAAUAGGUAUUGGUGUGGAGAAAAAUAUAAUAAAAAAUAAUUUAUUUAAAUCUGUAGUUAAAGGGGGCUGGUUCCCAAAAUAGAUAGGUACUAAGUUAUUAAAGUAUUUACUUUUUCUUCUUAUAUUUUGUAUUAUUCUACGGUAUUUAUCGACACUGCAGUCUCUGGAGAUCUAGGUUCUAACAUGGUUUUAAUCGAUUCAAUACUCAUUACCACCGUAACGGCCAUUGUACAGAACUAGUUAGUUUCUGCAAUUUAAUUAAAACAGUUAAACUGCAGGAACUCCGAUAAUAAGUUCCAUUUGUUGUUCCAGCGGAGCUGGUAAUUAGGCAUUGCGAUGUUAUUUCAUAUCGUACCUCCUCGUACGUUCCAUUCCUGGGAACCUGUGGGCUUAGCACGGUAGCAUAUUUAUCGCCUGUCACCAUGCCUGUCACGUUCUAACAAGUAUGUAAGUGCGAAAGUGACAGGUGAUAAAAAUGCAACCAUCAUGCUGACCCCGCUGGCCUAUUGCCCGCCUAUUCGGAUUAUCAAGACAAAUGAAGAUUCAAGGGAAUUUACUCGAAUUGAUUUUAUGCCUAAGUAAUUCGAUGUAAUAAUAUUGCACCAUUUGUAUCAAUUUCAAUAUUUAACAAAUAUAUAUAUAUAUGAUUUUUUAUUCUAUAGGUACUUAAACAGAAAUGCAUUUUUGAUCUAGUAGUGUAUAAUUUAUAUUAAAACAAAAAAUAUCAGUUGUAAUACUAGUAGACGGCAUUUUUAUUUUAACUUGUGGAUAGUAUGUACCUACAUUAAAACCCUAACUGCGUCUAAUUACGUUACUAAACGUCUAAUUUCGUUUUGUGGCGAUAUAAAUAAGUAUAUGGCGAUUGACUUUCACUUUUGGGUUUGUGUCAUUAAACGGCACUGAUUUAUACAAAAAUGGCCCAAUGAAAUAUGGAACAUUUUAUGUGCAAAUCAUUCGUUGCGGGCUAUAACGUAUUCUGUAUUCUAUGAAUUUUUAUUAACGAAAUAUUAACAUGUACAAUGACUCACUAGUAACAACUUCGCUUAUUUCAGACUGUUGCAAAUAGCCUCAACAUUUUUUAGGUUUAUGUGUAAAAUAUUUUGCUAUAUAUUAUACUAGUGUUGUUGAGAUGCGCGCACGCAGCACGGCCACCACGCGGCCGCUAAAAUUGUUGCUUAUUGUUAUAAAUAAAUAGAAUUAAGAGUCAAUAUGUAAAUAAUGAAAUAUUUGUGUAGCUCAAAGUUAAGAAAUCAAAAAGAAUAAAAUUAUGUGAUCUACAA